UUCGCGUCCCUUGUCGGCGUCGUCUCCGCGUCGAUCCGCCUCCCCUCCUCCCGCUCCCCUCGUCUAGGGUUUUGCUCCGAAUCCCCACCCGCAUGGACGUGGAGGGCGAGGUCCCCGCCGCGGCGGCAGCCGCGGUGGCGAACGGACUGGGCGGGGAGGAAGCCUCCCCGGCGCCGUUCUCCGCCGAGCAGCUGGACGUGGAGGCCUACGCCGCGCAGUACUCGGGGCGGACCCGCCUGGCGCGCCUCAUCUUCAUCGCAGAGAGGUGCGGGAUCGAGGCGAUGCGGCUCGACGCCCUGAGGAUGGCGUACGACGAGAUCAAGAGGGGAGAGGACACGCAGCUCCACCGCGACGUCGCCCUCAAAAUCAACGGCCGCCUCGGCACGCGAUAUGGGCUCGACCAGUCCUGGGUCGACACCGUCAGCCGCCGCGCCGUGCAGCGCAAGGAGAAGCUCGAGAACGAGCUCAACGGAUACAGGACCAACCUGAUAAAAGAGAGCAUCAGAAUGGGUUACAGUGACAUUGGUGAUUUCUUCUAUGCUCAUGGACAACUUUCAGAUGCCUUCAAAAGCUAUAUCAGGACACGGGACUAUUGUACCAGUUCCAAGCAUAUAGUUCAGAUGUGCAUGAAUGUGAUUCUUGUUAGCAUUGAGCUGGGGCAGUUUGCACAUGUUUUAAACUAUGUCAGUAAAGCAGAGCAAACCCCAGACUCUCCGGAUCCCAUCAUUGUCGCAAAGUUGCGAGCAGCUGCAGGAUUAGCCUACUUGGAAACAAAGAAAUACAAACUUUCUGCUCGUAAGUUUGUUGAGAUAGGACCUGAACUAGGAAACAACUACUCUGAAGUCAUAGCUCCGCAAGAUGUGGCUGUCUAUGGUGCCCUUUGCGCACUUGCUUCUUUUGACCGUUCAGACCUGAAGAGCAAAGUCAUUGACAACAUUAACUUCCGCAACUUUCUGGAGCUGGUGCCUGAAGUAAGGGAGCUGGUUAAUGAUUUUUAUGCAAGUCGCUAUGGAUCAUGCUUGGGGCAUCUUGAGAAGCUAAAGCCAAACCUGCUACUGGAUGUCCAUCUGCACGAGCAUGUAGAGACUCUGUACAUGGAUAUUCGCCACAAGGCCAUCAUACAGUAUACGAUUCCAUUUAUAUCUGUUGAUCUUAACACAAUGGCUGCUGCCUUCAAGACUUCUGUGUCCAUGUUGGAGAAGGAGCUGGCUGCUCUGAUCACCGAGAACAAAAUACAGGCCCGGAUAGACUCCCACAACAAGAUUCUUUACGCAAGGCAUGCUGACCAAAGAAACACAACUUUCCAACGUGUCCUCCAGACUGGCAACGAGUUCGAGAGAGAUGUUAAGUCUAUGCUUCUGAGAGCUAACCUCAUCAAGCAUGAUUACAACCAAAGGACUGGACAAAGGAAGAUGAUGUGAAUUCGUGAGCAAUGCUGCUAGCCUCUCCUUUUGGAAAUAUUUGUUCUGGACAUAAAGGUGCUGUGAUGAAUGGCGUGCAUGUUUCUCUAAAUGCCUAAUUUUUUUUUUAAUUUGCCGAAAUGUCUUGUUGAGGUUAUGGAUGUUUGAGCAUCUGGAGAUGUGCCGAUCUGUCAUGCUCGUCUCGUGAGCAACCUUCAGUUUGAACUCUUAAAGGCUUUGAGGUGGUGCAUACGAGUCCUGCCAGUAUUAAUCGGUGGCUCUUGAAUUAAACUUAUUUUGCUAGUGGUUUUACUUGGA